AUGCCGUUGACGUCGCGCGCGAACGACCCGGAGGCGCUCGUGACGUCGUUCACGGUCGUCGCGCUCGACCGUGGGUUCGUGAUCAGGCCGUCACCGCCGUGGGAGGGCGCGUCGGCGUCGAGCACGCGGGACGACGCGAUGGGCGCGCUCGGGGCGUUCGCGUGCGCGUACGACGCGCGGUUCGUCGACCUGGCGAGGGAGAUCGCGAUCGAAGGGGUCGUCCCGCGAGAUGGGGCGUUGGAUCUCGUGCCGGUGACGUUCGUGGACGGGAAGUGCGCGUGCGAGCUGUGGGAUUUUCGCGGACGGCGCGGACGCGGGACGGCGGACGUGCGGAGAUUAGAACUGCGCGUGAGCGCGUCGACGAUCGCGCGAGAGGCGAGAAUGAUCGCCGAGAGGAUGUGCGAUGCGUCGGACGAGGCGGCGGUCGAAGCGAGGGCGUUGGCGUUGGAGGAAGCGGCGCUCGCGGCGACGCGCCCGCUGCGGUUGGGCGUCGCCGGUUUCACCCGGGACGCGCGCGAGCCGACGUUCAGGAACGCGUGGAGCGCGCGAGAAUAG